GAGUGGUUUUAUUUUAAUUGAAAAAAUGUUUAAAAAAAAAUGGCGUGUUAAAUUAUAAAAAAUAAAUUAAUUUUAAUAAUUAAAUCAAGUUUUAUGAAAAAAAAAAAUUAUAAAACGGAGAAAAGAAAAAUUCUAGAUUCAACGCUUGAAAAUGUGAAAUCCAUUUAAAUGAAAAAAAAGAAAAAGAAAAAAGUGAAAACCAUUUAAAAAAAAACAAUACAACAAUAAUAACUGAUGAAAAAAAGGAAAACUGGCAAAAAUAAUUCAAAACUCUUAUUAAAAAUUAAGAAAAAAAUCGGUUUAUUUUUUAUUAUUAUUAUUGAGUAAAAGUGACUUUGAAUUUUUUUUUUAAUAAAAACAUUAUUUGUUUAUUUUUUAUAUGAAAUUUGUAAAAUUAAUAUAAAAAAUUGAAAAAAUAAAAAAAAAUAAAAAUGAAAGUCGACACUAGUCGGCUAAAAAAGGGCACCUCAGAGGUGCCUAUUGAGUGUCAACAAUUAAUUGAUCGUUUAUCAACAUGUUCGCGUUCCGAAUUAAUAAUUGAAUUAUCAAAAAUUGAUUCAUGGACAUUUGGUAAAUGUGAAUUAUAUCACUGGAUAACAAUAUUGGAUAAAUUUGAUCGUAUAUUAGAGGAGGCUGCUCAAACAUGUCAUAAUAAUAAUAUUGGUGGCUGUUGUACAACAACUAAUAAUAACAAUAAUAAUUAUAAUACAAAUAAUAAUAACGAUAGUAUUAUUAAUUUAACAUCAACAACUACAGCAACAGGAGGAGCAGGUGGAGCAACAACAACAUCAAGUUCAUCAAAUAUGAAUACUUCUAUACCAUCAUCAACAUCAACAACAACAUUAUCAUCAUCAUCAUCAUCAUCAUUUUCAUCAUGUAACAGUAAUAAUAGUAAUAAUAUAAAUAAUAAUAGUAAUAAUGUAAAUAAUAAUAAUAAUAAUAAUAAUAAUAAUAAUAAUAAUAAUAAUACUGUUAAUGUUGGUGGUAUUAAUGGUAAUAAUUGCAUUAACAGUAAUGUUAAUCAAAAUAAUAAUAGUUGUGAAAAUGAAUGGAAUUUAAAAUGUGAUACAAAUUUUAGUCCUGAGGAUGUUAAACUACUUCUUUUGGUUUUGAAUUUUACCACGCUACUGAUUGAACAUUCAUUUUCAAGACAUCUAUAUAAUUCUAUUGAGCAUUUAACAAAAUUAUUUUGUUCUAGUAAUAUGAAUAUUGUCUUAGGUGUUCUGAAUCUAUUAUAUAUGUUUUCAAAAAGAAGUAAUUUUAUAACACGUUUAACAAAUAAUAAAAAAAAUUCACUACUGGCUAGAUUGAAUUUUUUUGCCGAGAGUUGGGGUGGUAAAGAAUAUGGUUUUUCGUUAGCAGCAUGCUGUGAAAAAUUAAAGUUACCAGAUACAGCUUCAACAUUAUUUUAUGAAUUUUAUUCGAAUAGCGGUAUAUCAAAAACAAUUGAAUAUGAUGAUAUAACUGUUGAUUUUGGUACUAAUAAAAAUGUAGAUGAAUUAGCAAAAAAAAUAUUUUUACAUCAUAAAAAUGAUUUAAAAAAUUUAGAUGAAGAUCAAAGAAUGCAUAUAUUAAUAAGAAUAAGACGUGCUUGGGCUUUUAAAAAACAUUCAGAACGUUUACAUUUUGUACAAGCAAGAUUACAAGCAUUAUCUGUUUUAAUAUAUUCGAAUUCGGUACAAGAAAAUAUCCAUCAACUUUUAUAUCCUGGUUUCUUAGAGGAAUUAGUUGAAUUAAUGGGAUUAACAAAUCCAAAUUUGGUUGAAAUAAAAGCAGCAGCGCUUAGAACUUUAACGUCAAUUAUACAUUUAGAUAGGAAUCCUCAUUUUCCAAAGAAACCAGGUUCUCGUUUAUCAAUGAUAAUAGAUGUUACCGGUGCUUCAUCAUACCAUGGUUUUUUACCAACAUUGGUGCGAACAUGUAUAAAUAGUUUAACAUCAUUUAAUAGUAGUAUCGGUGGACAAUUUCAACAAUUAAGAUUAAAUCAAAAUCAUAAUACUAAUAUUAAUAAUAAUGAUAACAAUAACAAUGAUAACAAUAAUAAUAAUAACGUUAAUAGUGGAACAUUUUAUUUAAAAAAUUAUAGUCUUGAACAUAAUUUUCCAUUACCACUUGCAACAGCAUUAUUUAGUUUUUUAUAUCACUUAGCUAGUUAUGAAGCUGGUGGUGAGGCAUUAGUUUCAUGUGGCAUGAUGGAAUCUCUAUUACGUAUUAUAAACUGGAAUGGCUAUGAAUUAGAACAUAUAACAUUUGUAACAAGAGCAGUACGCGUUAUUGAUUUAAUAACAAAUAUUGAAAUGAAUUCUUUUCAAAACCAUGGUGGUUUAGAAUCUUUUAUAAAUCGUUUAGAUUUAGAAGUUAAUUGUUGCAGACAAGAGCAACCAUUCGAAAUUGAACCACAACAUUAUAAUACAAAUAAUAUAAAUGACAUAAAUGAUUUUACAGGAUUAUUUAGUAAUUCAAAUAGUAGUAAUGAUUCAAAUUCUGAGCAAAUACAAAGAUCAUCAUCAUCAUCAUUAACUACAACAUUUUCAAAUAUAUUACGUCCAAGUGAGUUAGGAACAAAUUCAAUUCAACAAAUUCAAAGAGCAAGAGAUAAUAGAAUACAACCAACCAGAAUAACAUCAAUUAAUGAUUCUGCUAAUUCACAAAAUAGUACUACUAAUAAUAGUAAUAUAAUAAUGAAUACAGCAUAUGAUGUUAUAAUAAUUGAUGAUUCAACAACUGAUGAUUCACAAUCACCUAUUCAUCGUAUAAAUCAGCAACAUCAAUCGCAGCAACAACAACAGCAAUCAAAUAAUUCUGAACAGGAACCAAAUCAAAGCCAUCAGAAUGAACAGCAGCGACAUCAACAACAGCAGCAACAACAACAAAAUACACUAGAAGAUUCACAAAGAGUUGGAAAUUAUCAACGUGUUCGUUGUAUACCAGGUAUUAAUAGUAACGCUUCGUCACUUGUGUGUGAAAUAAUAAAUGAUUUUAAUUCAUUAAUUGAUGAUCAAAGUGAUAGUGAUAACAAAACUUCAAUUGCAGCUAGAUUAUCAGCAAAAACCUGUUUACCACAGCGUGCUGCCCUACUUAAAUCAAUGUUAAACUUUUUAAAAAAAGCUAUACAAGAUCAAGCGUUUUCUGAUAGCAUUAGACAUUUAAUGGAAGGUACAUUACCGUCGUCAUUACGUCAUAUCAUAAGCAAUGCAGAAUAUUACGGUCCGUCAUUAUUUUUAUUAGCAACUGAUGUUGUGACAGUAUAUGUUUUUCAAGAACCUUCAUUAUUAUCAUCAUUACAAGAUAAUGGUUUAACAGAUGUGGUAUUACAGGCAUUAUUGAAGAAAGAUGUACCAGCAACAAGGGAAGUUUUAGGCUCUUUACCUAAUGUAUUUAGUGCAUUAUGUUUAAAUUCACGUGGAUUACAUGCCUUUGUAAAAUAUGCUCCAUUUGAAAGAUUAUAUAAAGUUUUAUUAUCACCAAUUUAUUUAUUAGCUAUGAGACGCCGUCGUAGUAAUGAGCCAAUGGGUGAUACAGCAUCAAAUUUAGGUAAUGCUAUGGAUGAAUUAAUGCGUCAUCAACCAAGUUUAAAAGCCGAAGCAACGAAAGCGAUCAUAAAAUUAUUAAAUGAAUUAGUACAUUUAGGCACAGAUCCCAAAUAUAUAUGUUGGAGGCCAAAUAAUAAAAAUGAGUCACAAUCAAUGUCUUUUAACAAUAUAACGUCAAAUCCAUCAGUUAAUUUAAAUUCAGGUGUCAAUUUAAAUAAUAGUGGUAAUAAUUCUAACAGUAUGUCAGCUAAUCAAAUUUUAAGGCAGCAACAUAAUCAACAGCAGAAUCAUAGAUCAAAUAAUUCUAAUAGUGGUGUUAGUGGUAGUGUUGUUGGGGUUGGCGGUAAUGUUAAUGUCGUAGGAGGUAAUAGUAGUGGUGGAAAUAAUAGUAUAAAUGUAAAUACAAAUACAAAUGAAGCUGAUAUGAGUGAUGGAGAUGAUGAUGAUGAUGACGAAGAAGAAGCAAGUACAUCAUCUCAUCAUAACCAGCGUGAUGAAAGACCUGAUUCUGUAAGUAAUCAAUCAUCAGUUGCAACAAAUCAUUCAAUCGGUUGUUCGAAUAAUGUUCAUGGUACACAAUCGAUUAUGAUGAAUCAGACAAGCUCAAAUGAUGCAAUGAUAACUGAUGAUAAUUGUAGUGAACAAAGAGAAUUAAUUCCAUUAAUUGAUUAUAUUUUAAAUGCCAUGAAAUUUAUUGACGCAAUUUUAUCAAAUAAUUCGACAGAUGAUCAUUGUCGUGAGUUUGUACAGCAAGGUGGUUUACAGCCGUUAUUAUCAAUAUUAGCAUUACCGAAUUUACCAGUUGAUUCGCCUGUUACAACAUCAGCUCAAGCUGUUGCUGCCGUAUGUAAAUCAAUAUUAAAUUUAUCACAUGAGUCGGAGGUAUUACAAGUUGCAUUAAAUCAAUUAAGUACGAUUGUUGAUAAGUUACAACCACUACAAGUUCAUAUAGAAAAUCCUGGUGGCAGUGUUUUAUUACGUGAGUUAGCUAAUUGCCCAAAUGUCGAUGCUGCCUUUUCCAAUGCAUCAUAUACACCGUUAUUACAUGCUAUGAGUGCUGUGCAUGGUUAUAUUGUAAUGUUGGUACAUAUCUGUCGUACAGGCCAAAGUGAAAUUCGUACAAUAUUAUUGGAAAAAUGGGGUCAAAAAAACGAAUUAUUAACUAAUUUAGUACAAUUAUAUACGGCAUUAGUAUGGGAAAGUACAUUAUUAUUAGCGUUAUGUACAGAUGAUGUUUUCCCAUCAGAAUGUGAGUUUGGUAAAGAAGAUAUUGAAAAAUUACCAAAUGAAAACAUUAAUGAUAAUAAUCAAAUUUUUACGAAUAAUAAUAGUGAAAGACGCGAAGAAGAUGAUGAUGAUGACUGUGUUAUAGUAGAAGAUAACAGAAAUAUACAACCAAUGGAUUGCGAUCCAACAUAUACUUCAGUAAAUAAUAUUACUACUAAAAAUGAUAAUUCAGUACCACCACUUUCAACAAACAAUAACAAAAAAAAAUUAAUCGCAUCACCUGGGCAAUUAAGGUACAUUAAAGCAUUAUUAGGUGCAUCGUCUAGAUUAGGCAGAGCAUUAGCUGAACUAUUUGGCAAUUUAGUCAAAUUAUGUGUUGGCUCUCCAUUAAGGCAGCGGCGUGGACAAAAUUAUCCUCCUACACCAGCAUAUACAAGUGAAGAAGCAAAAGAUAUUGCACGUGUUUUAAGUUAUAUCUUAGUUGAUGGUUUCUCAUAUGAAAAAUUAUCACCAUCUCCAAUACCAAAAUUGAAAUUAACAUUUUUAAUAUGUUCAGUUGGUUUUACUGGUCCUAUGCUAUUUGAUGAAAAGAGAUACGCAUUUCAUUUGAUGUUAUAUCAAUUUGUUAAGGAAGGUGGGUUAAAGGCAUUCUUUCAAAUGUUUGAAUGGGCUUUAGCACCUACCAAUAGCGAUAAUGAAAAUUUAAAUAAUUCAAACAAAAAGAAAAAUAAAAAUGAUAAUAAAUCCAAUAACGAUUCACAUAAUUCUUUCAAUAUACAUCAAAAAUUUCCUGAUGGUACAGGUGAAUUCUUGGAUGCAUGGCUUAUGUUACUUGAAAAAAUGGUUAAUCCAAAAGCUAUACUAGAAUCGCCGCAUGUGAUCAAUCCAACUUCAUCACAAUCGCAGUCUCAAUCCACUAUUGCUAAUAUUCCACCAACUCGUGUUACACGCACAUCUAUACCAAUAGAAGUAACAAGUGGUGCACGUCAUCACCAUCAUCACCAUCAUCAUCAUCACCAUCAUCACCAUCAUCAUAAUAGAAAUCAUCAUGCUUCAGCAUCUUCAUCAUCUGAUUUACAUCAUCAAAAUAAAAAAGCAAAAAAAACAAUAAAAGGGAAAAAAUUUGAAUUUGAUCCAGUUUUAUACUUAGUUACAAUACAUCGCUUAGCUUUUGAUGCUGUAAUAAAAAUAUGGGGUAUGAAACCUUUACAAAUUUACGGUAUACGAAUGACCGAGUCAAUGAUGUCAAUAUUAAAGCAUAUUAUUAAAAGUGAAAAAUCUAUAAAAGAAAAAUAUAAAAAACGGAUUGCAGAAAUUCGUGAAGCAACCCGUAUUGCAAAAUUGCAGCGCAAUAAUGAUAGUGGUAAUACAUUAAUUAUUGGUGAUACCUGUAACAAUAUUGAUACUUUUUCGUCACAUUUGCAAAGUGUAAGUUCGAUGUCAACUCAAACUGGUGCCGGUGGUGGUAGUGCUGGUGGAAAUACAGCUGGUAAUAGCAAUGGAAAUAUUCUUGAUACUGUGUUUAAUAGAAUACGUUCACAACAAAUAGAGAAUAGUAGUAAUCAACAUAGUUCAUCAAAUAAUAUGGUCGUAAAUCAAGAGCAUUUAAGACAACUAAUGGAUAUGGGAUUUUCUGAAGAACAUGCUACAACUGCACUCUUAUUAACAGUUUCAGUUCAAGAUGCAACCGAAUAUUUAUUAAAUCAUCCGCCCUCUCCUCCUCCAUUACCAAUACAGACAGCUUCUCAACAGCAAUCACAGCAAACACAAGGUCAAGAACAAACAACACAGCAAGAGCAACAGCAGGAGCAGUCGUCAUUUUUAGAUCAGAAUCAACAAAGGGGAGAACAACAACAAUUACAAAGACAACAGCAACAACAAGAUAAUCAAAGGUCACUUUUAUCAACAGAAAAUCGAAGAAAUAGUCAAACAUCAAUUGAACCAAUGGAUGUUUCGGAUCAAGAAAGUCCCAAAAUUCUUAAUAAAACAAAUUCUGAUACGGAAAAAUUUGAAGAAGCAAAAACAAAGCGCCAACAAUCAUCAUCAAUAACUAAUAGUGGAAAUGGUGGUACAUCAAAAUUAAAAUCGAAAAAAAAAUCUGAUGAUAAAAAGAAAAAUAAUAGAGCUGAAAAAAUUAAACGCAACAAAUCGAAACGUAAAUAUCAAAUAACAACUGAUCCUCCUUUGAAAGAAUCCUGUAUUGAUGAAUUUUGCAAUACUGCCAUAGAAAAGACAAUAUUUUUAAUGGAUGAAUUACCAGAAACUGUGAGUAAAGGUACUGAUUUAUUAGUUAUUCUAUACCGUCGAAAUCGAAGCGAAUGGAGACAAUAUUUUUUAAUGAAAAUUAUUAAAGAGUUAAAUGCUUGGAUUGAUUUUAUAAGAAAACAAUUACGUUUAGGGGAUAAUAAUAUACGUGUUAUGUUAUAUGGUGAAGGUGCACAAAAAUUUUAUGUUCGAUUGCAAUUAUGUUGUCUUCUUAUGGAUGAUAUAUAUCCAGAUAUGCGAGAAUCAAUAUGUUAUACAAUAAAUGAGCAGCAUACGGUAUCGAAACUUUUAUGUUUAUUAUCAGAGAUUGAAGAACUGUUACGUAUUAAAACAUGUGAAUUGCGCGCUGAAUAUCGCCGCAAGGCCUUACUCGCAUUAUCUGUUAUAGUUAUUGGUGAUGACGAUGAUGAAAACCAACAUCAUACAUCAAAAAAAGAUGUUAAAAUGUUAAAACCAAAAUGGUUAGCUCAAAUGAUAACGUUUAUUGAUUUAGUUGAAAAAGUUAAUUUGUCAUUACAAAGAAAGAAAAAUAUGUUAAAUGUAACAACAAGAAUAUGGAAAUGGUACGAUAUAAAUUUAGGACGUUGGAACGUCUAUUCACCACUUAAUAACAAAAUUAUUGAUCAAGCAUAUGAAAACGGUGAAGCAUCUGUACCAAUAACAAGCGGUCGACAAAGAUAUACAAUUAAUUUCAAUUGUAUGUCACAAGUAAAUGAUGAGUCUGGCAAUCAUCGUCCUGUUAUCCUAUCAUUAAAGGCUGCGGAAAGAUUUCUCCAUCCAUCACAACAACAACAACAGCAGCAGCAAUCACAAACGCAAGCUCCUCAGUCUCACGCGUCCAAUCAACAAAAUUCAACUAAUUCUACUACAACUACAACAACAACCACAACAACAACAACAACAACAGGAAUAGGAAGUGUUCCGCAAGUGACAGUUGCUGGUUCAACAGCAUCAUCGAUUGCAUUAACAACAUCUCAACCACAACAAUCUCAGGGAUCCACAUCUUCAUCAUCAUCUAUAAUACCAUCAAUUACAGUUCCAACAAGAAGAUUUUCUAAUCAAAUUAACAUUGCAAAUAAUUCAACAAUGCCAGCAACGACAUCAGGAAUAAUAACUGCUUCAACAAGUGGUGGAGUUAAUUAUAGUAAUAUUAAUAUUGAUCAAUUAUCUAUAACAACAACAACAACGACGUCAUCAUCGUCAACAACACCAACAAUAAAUAAUAACAGUAGCGUUAAUACAAAUAAUAGACCAUCUGGUUUACCCUUAAUUGUUUCAAGUGAUGAUUCUGAAUGUAAUGAAUGUGAUGAAAGUAAUGAAUGCAAUUCUGAUACUCAAGAUGAUGACGAAGAAGAAGAUGAUGACGAUGACGAUGAUGAUGAUGAUGAUGAUGAUGACGAUAAUAAUGAUGUCGAUGAUUUAGAUUGUGAAGAAGCCAAUAAUGAUGAAAAUGAAGACGAUUAUAAUGAUGAAGAUGAAUGUGAUUCUUCAAAUUAUGAUAUCAGUUAUGAUGAUUAUUCAUCUAUAUCAGAUUGUGAACCAGAUAUUGAAUAUAAAUCGACUACAUUGUAUGAUUUAAGUAACUUAAAAAUAACGCCACCAUCAGCUGAAGGUAUUACAGAUGAUAAUACACCGCCAUUGCCAGGACGAGAAAGGAUUUAUGACCCUUUAAAAAAUGCUAAUCAAUAUAACAGUUCUAAUAAUGCAAUACCCUAUGAAAUAUUAAUUAAAUUAAAUCCAUCAAAUAUUAAAAUAGAUAAUACACCAGUUGGUUUAUUUCAAUAUGAUACAGAAGAGAUUGUAUCAUGUUUGGUUAGAUUAUUACAACCAGAAAUUGAUGUUGAUAGAGAUACAUUCCUUGCUAUAAUGAAAUUAUGUGUACGUUUAACUAAAAAUUUUAACAACGCAAAGGUGUUUGCACAGCAAGGUGGAGUACGUUUAUUAUUAGGUAUGCGUCAAACAUGUGGAUAUAUGGGUUUCCCAAUUUUUGCCACAUUAUUAAUUAGGCAUGUGUUAGAAGAACCGAAAACAUUAGCAUUAGCAAUGGAAAAAGUUAUAGCUGCACGUACAAUGCCUACAAUACCACCUGGUUAUCGCGAUUUAUUGUUUUUACUACGUCAAAUGAGUUCAGCGGUAAGUCGUGAUCCAGAAAUAUUUCGAGAAGUCGCACAAAAAAUGUUACGUAUUGAUUUAUUAAGUCCUCGUCUUGUUAAAAUUGACGAUACAAGAUUGUUAGUGAAAUCAGUAUUACCAUCAUCAUGUCAGUUGAAUUCCUCUGCUUCUAGUUCCGGUUCGAAUUUAUCAGGACCAUCUUCUUCAACAUCAUCAGGUCAAACAGCAGGUCAAACAGCAACAACAUCAUCAACCGGUGUGACGAAUCACCUGCCAAGUACGAGUUCGAGUUCUGUACAUCAACAACAACAGCAUCCGUCAACAUCUGCUAAACGAUCUAGUAAUAAUGAGCAACAUUAUAUGAUGGAGCCAGUUUCUAUUGAAGCUGUUCACGAUCUAUUAAAAGCUUUAGUACAACCAGCUAGCUAUGAUUCGAAAUUUAAAGCUAAAAAUCAAACAAAUGAAUCGACAUUUUCAACUACUUUUAAUAUGUCAAUAAACUCUGUUGGUGGUCGUUUUGUACAAAAUCGAAGUCGUGCUUUACAAACACAGCCGCAGAAUUCAACUUUAAAUGCAAACAGUUCAAAUGCAAAUAUUUCUCAUCAAAGCCAAUCAAGUUCUCAGAGUGGAGGUAGUGGUAUACCACAAUCCCAACCAAUGCUACAAGAACAGUCAGUGCAAGCAAUUCCACCAAAUCAAUCAGAGCAGCUUUACUUUGAUCAAAUGCAUGAGCAACAAAAUCUACAGCAGCAGCCCCAAUAUGAACAGCAACAAACACAACCACAGCAGCCACAAAAUACACAAUGUCAGUCUCAUGCACAGCAGUCUACUCAACAACAACAACAGCAAGGAGAUAAACAAGGAUCAGUUCAUAAUUGUAAUGAACAAUGUAGAUUUUGGCAUAUGCCACCAUCUUCUCAAACUGAUAAACCUUUAUUACCUCGUGCAACAAUAUUAAAAUUUUUAGCAGAUGCUGUAAGAUCUUAUCAAACAUUUGCCCCGUUAAUUGUUGAGCAUCAGUAUAAUCCUGAGGAUAGUAUUUUAAUUAAAGCACCACAAAGUGUUUUGUCAUUUAUACUAGAUAAAUUUUUACCACUUGGUGAACAUACAGUGGAUCGGGAGGUUAGUUCAAUGUCACGUGUAUUAAUAGCUGCUUUGGCAUCGUGUUCAGAUCAAGUGAAUGUUCAAACAAUUGUUGUUUGUGAAGUUAAAGCAGCAAUAAAUCGUGUAUUAUCUCAACCAGAAUCAAUUGAUAAACAUUUACAUUUACAAAUUUUGGCGGGUCUUAUUCCGACAAUGAUUGAAAAUUGUCCACCAGAAAGUAAUACAUUAUUAAAAUUACAUCAGAUGCAACCACGUCGCAAUGAAAUUUUUUAUAUUAUGGUGAGAAAAGGUCUUAUCAGCGAUUUGGCAAAAUUAACUCAAUAUUUAGACUUGUCAUCUCCUCAUACAAUUGGUACUAUAAACGCAACAUUAAAACCAUUAGAGACUCUGUUGCGUAUGACCAACGCUCCAGGUAUUUCAUUUUUCCCGAAAAAACCUUUUAACAGACGAAUUUUUUUCGAUAAUGAUGAUCAUCAUCAUCAUAGCGUUGGAGGUUCUUCAAAUCUUAUAUCUGAAGUUGUUAAUGACGUACAUCCAGCUAGUCGAUCAGUAGCAAACAAUAGCAGUGGAAUAGGAAAUAGUCAUCACCAUCAUCAUCAUAUACUAACGAAUCAAAAUGAUAUAAUGGGCGAAAAUGUUGAAGAAUUACAAGUUGUUGCUGAGAAUUUAGUCCGACCACCAGAAAGAGGACAAGCACACUUAGAUGAUAUAAUGGAUCAGUUACUAGAACAUGCAUCAAAUAUUGAAAAUGAUCCAGCCCAAAUAGUAAAUACUAAUCAUAAUACAGCAACAGUACGUAGAGUAAUACAUGAAUUUUUCGAUGAAUCAAGCACUGAAUCAGGAGAUUCUGACUCGAAUGGUUCAGACAACGAUGAACGUGAAAUAGAUGAAGAUGAUGAUAAUGAAGAGGAAGUAGAAGAUCGCAGUGAAAUUGAUGUAGAUGAGGAAACUCGUCAAUUUAUUGAAAUUUAUGAUCAUGUAUAUAAUCGACAUUUAUCACCAGGUGGAUCGGCUAAUACAAUGGAUCAGCCAAAUCAACAAGAAAUUAGAAAUGAAGCUAUGGAAAGCAAUAGCAGUGAUGCAAUAGUUGAUAACGAAACAAUUAAUCAGGAAUCAUCACGUCACAUUGAAUCAAAUUCUGGUCCAUCUAACAUUGGUCCAAUUCAAAAUGCCAAUGCACCACGUAUUGAACCAGAGCCUAUUGAAGAUGGCAAUGAUUCAACAAGUUCUGAAUCUGUAUUCUAUGGUCGCGUACCUAGAUCGUCAUCAGAACGUGUUGAGUUAGGUGCAAAUGCUGCAGUAACUAUUGAUGAUUUCGAUGACAUAUUGUCGGUUGAUUCUAGUGAUAUUGGAAAUUCUCAACAACAAAAUGACACAUCGCUUCGUCAGCGGUUUAAUUCACGUAAUCCCGAAGCUGUUGCUGAAUCGGUUGUAGCAGAUGUUGUGGCGAAUGUUGUAGCGGCAAUGGAAAAUUCAAGUGCGAUGGAUGCGGCUAAUUCCAGCAGCAGUAUUGCAAGUAUUGAAGGUAGUAAUAGAAGUUUGAUAAAUUUACAAGCAACUGGUUCACAUUCAUCUCAAUUGUCUCAUAACAUAAGAAGACGGCGGCGUCGACCAAUUCAAUUCUCGUUUGCAAUUAAUUCACCGUUGGCACCUAUGUCAGAUUUUUUGAAUUUAAGACGUCGACGUUAUACAAUUUUGAAUGAAAAUGUUGAUCACACCCCAAUUAUAUUGCAACAACUUUUAGGGCCUUCUAGUUCUGGAGCACCACAUGUAGCUGGCUCAAGUGGAAAUAGUUCGAAUGCUUCUAAUGUUGGGCGCAAUAUAUCAAUAAGUGCUGCUGUUGGAAAUAAUGAUUCAAAUGGAAUUGCUAGUGGUGGUCAAAGUUCUCCUAGUGGAGGAUUGCUCAGUCAGUUUAAUUUGAAUCCUUUCAGUUCCAGUGAAAAUGCAAGUGAUAACAUUAAUAAUCAAAGUAAUAAUGAUACUGGAAAUAUUGAUGGAAGCUUGAGACGAAAUUCAAAUAGUAGUACAUCAAAUAUAUUCCGUGAUGCAACCAGAGUUGUCUUGAUGGACAAUGCGUUUGGAAUUUUCCCUGAUGAGCAUUUUCCAGAUGAUCGUUCCAUUGAUUUGGUAGAUCAAGCUGGUUAUCUUUUUGGUCAAUCAUUAGCAGCUACCCUUGCUAGCACUCCUACAGCAUUACAUUGGUGGUUAGAAGAAUCGAAGAAUUUAGGUUUAGAGUCACAAUCAGAUGUAUGUCUUACUGUUGGACAUCAACUGAUACCAACACUAGAAGACCAACGUGAGCUUGAAUUAGCUAAGUUACGUAAUAAAAAGAAAAGGAAAGAAGAACUAAAGUCGACAACAUCUGCUACAAUUCCUCAACCAGCGCCAGAAGCUCGAAAUGAAACUACGUCUGGCACAGCCUCCACAUCAUUUGGAUUAUCAAAUACAGAUAAUUUUAAUACACCUAACCAAUCAAAUUCUUCAGCUCUAUACGAGCAACAUCGAUCUAGCCUUCCACUCGCACAACCACAACAAGAAAAUAUUUCUCAAGCCAAUCAUUUUGAUUCUUUUGGAAGCUCUAAUUAUUCAAGUCAUCAACUAGAUUCCCAAUCAUCACAAUUUUCAAAUUCAGAUAGUCUUAGGUUACAAAUGAAUUCUACAGUGCAUUUUGAUGAUGAUGAUACAAGAAGUACAGAUAUAUUUCAAACUCCUGAGCCGCGCUCCCAAAAUCGUAACAAUAGCUCAAGAAGUGUUAUAGGUGGAUCUGGACGUGGAAGAACAAAUACAAAUUUCAGUCCUUCUGUUUCAAGUGAAGAGGGAGGUAGUAACAAUCGAAGCGGAACUAGAAGAAACAGGGUAUGGUUAUUAAGCAGAGCAAAUCGUAGGGAGUGCAGAUCGGAACUAUUAAGUGGAACUGAAUAUAUGGAAGGCAGUCCAAUUAUCUCACAACAAGAAGAAUCACCAUUACAACGAAAUUCUGAUUUAGAAGAAGAAGUUUUUGAAGACUUAGACAUGCCUGUGUUGUCAUCAUUCAACGGAAAUGAAAGACGUCGAUUAUCUGAUGUCCAUCUUGAAAUGCCCAGAUUAGUUCCUAUGUCUGAUUUUCAGGAAGGAGAAGAUGAUGAAAUUGAAGGUGAUGAUGAUGUUGAAAUUGUAGAAGAUAUCGCUGACGAACAAGACGAUGAAGAAGAAGAGGAGGAGCAGGAAGAAGAGGAUGAAGAAGAUGUCGAUGAAACUGACGCUGAAGAUGAAGAAGAGGAUCAAGAAGAACAAAAUAACGGAAAUAAUGAUGAAAUACAUGUUGUUCAUAACAGUGCCUCAGAAACAGAAGAAUCCAGUGAGAUUGAAGUUGUUCCCAGCACUGUUAAUACUGAACAAAGAACAGAACAUGCACAAACUCGAGCAAUAGAUUUUGAAAUGACCACUCCUAGCGUACCACCGCAUUCCUCUACAUGUAGAUCUGACGUGCAAACUGACCAUAAUGGUGCAAAUAAUUUAGACGACCUAGACGAAAUUUUAGAAAUCAUUGACCGUUCUAGAGAAACUGAUCAUUCUUCUAAUAAUGAACUACGGCAUCCAACCGGGCGUGCUUUUGUACACACACCAUCAGAAAUUUCACAAAACCAAGCUACACAAAGAAAUGUUGAAAAUUCUGGUGACCCGAAUGCUGACACAAUAAGUAUUAGUGAUAAUAGUUCAAGUGCAAAUGAAGCUACAAAACAAGAAAAUGAAGAUGCCAAUAUCAUUACCAUCGAAGAUAGUCUUCCAUCUUCAGUUUGUGUUACAAAUGCUGCAUCAACAAGCACGUCGUCAGCAACUGCUACAAAUUUAACUGAACACAACAAUUCAAAUAAAGGCACUGACUCAAAUAAAAAUGCUGAAAAAGUUAGUGAUUCCACAAGCUGUAAUGAAAACGCUUUAACAGAGACUUCAAAUGUAGACUCGACAGCACAGAAUGCUGCUGCUUCAUUAUCUGUGCCCAAUAUUCAAUCUUCUAACACUUCUGGGACUGAUUUAGUGCAAACGACAGAAGUGGAAGCCUCAAAUAUAUCGGAAGGCGCAACGGCAACUCCAACCAGCAAUCGUGCAGAAAUGAGUGCAGAGGUCCGCGAGGCUCUUGGUGAUUUAGAAGUCCCGGAAGGUGUUGAUCCAUCAUUUUUGGCUGCUUUACCGCAAGAAAUGCGCGAAGAAGUUAUUGCGGAGCAUUUACGUCUGCAAAGACUACGCCAAAGAGCUCAGCAAAUAUCAAUACAAGUUGAACAUGCAGCUGUGGCUGAAGUUAAUCCAGAAUUUUUGGCUGCGUUACCGCCUAACAUUCAAGAAGAAGUAUUGGCGCAACAAAGAAUAGAACAGCAAAGGCAAGCUGCUGCCACAGCUAAUCCCAAUGAUCCAGUUGAUGCAGCCGCAUUUUUCCAAAAUUUGCCACCAAAUUUAAGACAAGCUAUUUUAACUGAUAUGGAAGAUUCUCAAAUAUCUGUUUUGCCGCCAGAGUUAGCUGCAGAAGCGCAAAAUUUAAGACGAGAUUGGGAAAACAGAAAUAGACAAAUAAUGCACGAACGUUUAAUAAAUCAAAUUAGUUCCAAUUCGCCUUCAACAAACAACGUAUUAAAUUUAUAUAGAACUCCUCGAUUUCCAUUUAUGCAUAAUGUACGUUUAACACAAAAUUGGCAGUCCUCAGGCGAAAAUCGUGUAAAUAUACAUCAUCACUCAGGUAGCGGUGCUGUUAAUGCCAGCAGUAGCCAAAAUGGUAUUAAUGAUGGGAAUAAUUCUAGUCCAUCACUAAUGACUAUUAUGGAACGGCAAGGAAAACCUUUGUUAGAUCAUGAAGCUUUAGCGUCAUUAUUAAUAUUAUUGUUUAUUGAUGAUCCAAAAUUUAAUACGUUACGUUUGCAUCGAGUUAUUAGAAAUUUAUGCUGUCACGUACCAACCCGAGAAUGGAUUAUUAAUGCCUUAUUGUCAGUUGUUGUCAAAACAAAUGAAAGUUACUAUAUUGGUCCAUUACUAAAAGAAAAAUCUCAAGUUAAACCCAAUUGGCUUAAUAUAAGAUCAGACGCAGCAUUAGGAUCACGCGCAAAUGUAUUUACAGUUGAGGAUUCGAAUUUAUACAAUGAAGUAUUUAAUUUUAAAUCAAGUUAUGGUAAAAAACGUUUAACUGAAUGGUUGAUAGCAACACAAGAAAAUUCAACUGUUAGUGAAUCAUUAAUAGUUUUUCAAAAUGCAAGAAAAAAUAUAAAUGUCAAUAGAAAAAAAGCUGAAAAUGUUGACCAAGUAAAAUUUGAAAUUGACAGAUAUGAAAUUGGAAUACAUCCUCAAGCAGCACAAAUUGUUUGCAAACAUGCAAUAGAGUUAUUAAUAACAUUAGCAAAAAGUUUUCCAAAAAAUUUCUUACCAUAUCGCAAACCAGAUAUUAACAAUAGUAGUGUAAACUUUCAAAAUAAUUGGCAGCAACAACAAGCAACUUCACAAAAUUCACAAUCACAGCAACAUGCAGAUGAUCAGCAACAACAAUCUAAACAACAGUUGUCUUCACAUAAUGAGAUGUCAAUACAACAGGAAUGUAAUUCUACGCCAAUAAAAUUAAUUAUAAUUAAUAAAAAUAAUAUAACGCUUGCCAAUCCUACUGGUAAUAUCAAUUAUAAUUUAUAUGAACCAAAAGUUUCAAGUGAAUUGAGAAAUAAACGAAUUAUUAGGUCAAAUGCUUAUUUAGCUCUUACAUCAAUUAAUAUUGAAACUGAUUUUUGGGAUAUUGUUUUAAAUUUAGAUCGGAACAAACCAUUCAGAAAGCCUCCAAAUUAUGCAUUUUUGCCAAAUAGUCAGCAUCAGAUAUUCGCAUCCACAAUAAUAAAUCCUUCAUCAUCGGCACCGUUAAUAUCUUCAGCGACGUCAUUAAGUCAAUCACAAAGAAAUUAUAGCAAUACAUCUUCAACGGGUGCGAAGAGCCAACAAAACCAACUUCCUUUUAUUCAUCAAAAAGAACGUGUGACCAAUACUAAUAAUUCUAAUAAUAACAUGAAUUUGACUUUUGAUCAAUCUCCAUUUGGCACACUAGUUUCAAUGUUAUCUUAUCGAAUUAUUCAUAAAUCAAGUCACUUAACUGAUAAACUUCUAAGGUUACUCUCGUUUAUAUCUGUUGUUCUACCAGAGGCACACACAUCACAACAACAACUACAGCAGUCAAUAUCGCAACCUCAACAACAGCAGCAACAAUCUACCGUUCAACAACCAGCCCAACAUUCAAAUCAAUCACAGCAACCACAACAAGAAUCAGAACAAUCUCAAUCGCAAAUAGAGCAAGAUCAGAGUCAACAGAAUGUACCAGUGGCAACAUCAUCUAGUUCAUCAUCCUCGGCAUCGUCGUCAACAUCAUCUUACUUAUCUUCAGUGCAAAAAGAAAUACAAAUAGAACAAUUAGACAAAAUUAAUCAAAGCAAUAUAGUUAAUUUGCCCACAGAAACAUUUCAAAUAUUACAUAAAAACUGUAUUUUUCACAAUAACUUUAAUAACAACUAUGAAAUAAAUAUAAAACGUGAAUGUUUGCAUACCUAUGUAAUGCUACAUUCACAUGUCAAAGAAUCAGCGGGCGUUCAAAAACAGAAGUUACCACACUUACCAUUAUUGCCACCAUAUAACACUGACGAUCUUUACGAUACAUUUUUACCAAAACCAGAAAGAUUAGCUUUAAUUAUUGAAACUUUAGUUGAUAAGAGUUGCUCUGAAGAAGGGUUAGAAGAUGCAACCUCAUUAUUGUUGAAUUUAUCGCAAUGCUGCAGAGAUACAAGAGCAAUAAUAUUUCGAUUACUAGUUGAUGCUGCAAAUAUAUUAGGUCGACGAGUUGAAAAACAAAUUCGUUGUUUAUUAAAUGAUUUAAGGGAAAUGAAUUUAUCCCAAUUGCAAAAUAAUCAAGGUCAACAAUCGCAGCAGCGUAAUUUUAAUUCAGCAAAUCAAGCAUCAUCGACAUCAUCAUCAUGUGAAACGUCUCCAGAUCAAGAAACUUUCAAUACAAUGUCUUCAAAUUAUCAAGCUGUUCCAAGUACAAGUUCUGGUAUAACUAGUGUUGGAUCUAAACCUAAAGGUAUGUUACAAGAUCGCUUUACUCGGGAGACUGUUGUAAUUACAGCUCCAACUAGAAUGAAACAAUCGACUGAACUUCAAUUAGCAAGCAUGAUUCCGUUAAUAUCAAAAACAUCGGCUCAGGCUAUAUUUUUAAGAUUUUUGAAAACUAUUAUUCAAAUUCGUGAAAAUGUUAUUGAUGAACAUAAUAAGAUAAUUGAGAAUAUAACAAAAGAAAGGCAAAAUAUUCAAAGUCAUCUAACAAAUAUUCAUUCGCAGCAGCCACAGCAAUCACGAAAUUCUUCGUCACAAUCACAACAACAGUCACAAGAAUCACUGCAUCAAAUUAAUCAACAAGUGCACUCCAACGAUGUCCAAAACACUUUGCAACAAACGCCACAAGUACAAUCACAACAACAACCACAACUUUCACAGCAACAACAGUGUCAACAGGAACUCUGUUCCUCAAAAGCCCGAUAUAAAGCUGCUAUUGAAUUAGUUAAUCCAUACACAUAUGAAAUGUCCUCACUUAGUGAAUUAUUGUUAUUAGAUAAUUUAUGGGAAACAUUAAGUAAUUGUUUAAUUGAACUUGAACUAUCAGCUGAUUACCAUGCUGUUUUGGUUUUACAAUCAGCUGUUGAAGCUUUCUUCCUCGUACAUGCAACACCACAAAAGAAAACAAGACAAAAUACUGAUGAAGAUAGUGCUUCCCGAAAUCCAAACAUAACAAUGCAAAAUUUGUAUUCAAGUCAGCAAUCAUCACCAUCUCAGCAAUCACAGCAACAAGAAGCUGAGCACACUACAAACCAACAAGAAAUGCAACAUCAAUCAUCAAAUCAACAAAUUAAUCAGCAACAACAACAAACAUUACAGGGUCAACAACAAAAUGCAUCAAGAACAAAUGUUACUGGUGUUAAUAACUCAUUUUCUAUUAGUGUGCAACCAAUGGAUACAGAUGACUUCGAAGUGCAUCAUACAUAUCAUUAUAAGUUAACAGUUGAUCAACGUAAAUUUUUGCAAUUUGCUGAAAAACAUCGAACUGUGUUAAAUCAGAUACUACGCCAAUCAACAUGUCAUUUAUCUGAUGGGCCAUUUGCAGUUCUUGUUGAUCACACAAGAAUAUUAGAUUUUGAUGUAAAAAGACGUUAUUUCCGUACUGAAUUAGAAAGAUUAGAUGAAGGUAUUAGAAGAGAAGAAAUUGCUGUUCAUGUUAAUAGAAAAACGGUCUUCGAAGAUUCGUUCCGUGAAUUGUAUAGACGAAAUGCAGAAGAAUGGAAAAAUCGUUUUUAUAUUGUAUUUGAAGAUGAAGAAGGUCAAGAUGCCGGUGGCUUGUUAAGAGAAUGGUAUGUGAUAAUAUCACGUGAAAUAUUCAACCCUAUGUAUGCCUUGUUUACCGUAUCACCGGGUGAUCGAGUAACAUACAUGAUAAAUUCAUCAAGUCAUGCCAAUCCGAACCAUCUUUGCUAUUACAAAUUCGUUGGGCGGGUUAUAGCUAAAGCUAUAUAUGAUAAUAAGCUUUUAGAAUGUUAUUUCACUCGUUCAUUUUAUAAACACAUACUGGGGAUUCAAGUAAAAUAUACAGAUAUGGAAUCAGAAGACUAUGAAUUUUAUAAAAGUUUGAUAUUUUUACUUGAGCAUGAAGUAUCAGCUUUAGGAUAUGAUUUAACUUUUAGUUUAGAAGUUCAAGAAUUUGGUGUUACUGAAGUAAAAGAUUUAAUAUCAAAUGGUCGCAACGUAUUUGUAACAGAUGACAAUAAAUUAGAAUAUAUUAGAUUGGUUUGUCAAUUAAAAAUGAGUAAUUCAAUAAAACAACAGCUCAAUGCAUUUUUGGAAGGAUUUUAUGAUAUAAUACCAAAACGUUUAAUUUCAAUAUUUAAUGAACAAGAAUUAGAGCUGCUUAUAUCUGGGUUACCAAAUGUUGAUAUAGAAGAUUUGAGAGCUAAUACUGAAUAUCAUAAAUAUCAAACCAAUUCCAUACAAAUUCAAUGGUUUUGGAGAGCACUUAGAAGUUUUGAUCAAGCAGAACGAGCAAAAUUCUUACAAUUUGUUACUGGUACAUCAAAAGUUCCAUUAAAUGGAUUUGGAUCUUUAGAGGGUAUGAAUGGUAUACAAAAAUUCCAAAUACAUCGUGAUGAUAGAUCAACAGAUCGUUUACCAUCAGCCCACACAUGUUUCAACCAGUUAGAUUUACCUGUUUAUAAAACUUACGAUAAAUUGAGAUCAAGUUUACUUAAAGCAAUUCAUGAAUGCUCUGAAGGAUUUGGUUUUGCUUAAAUCACAAUAGAACAAUUUAAUAUUACAAAACAAAGUAAAUACAGAACAGAAUUAAAACAGCGACAUUAUAUAAUUAUGUGAGGGCGUGCAUAUCUUAUAAUACACGUCAUAUAAAAAAUACUACAAUAUAAAAAAUAUGAAAAAAUUUUAAUAAUUUAGACUUUGUGUAUAGUAGUAAUUUUCAUAAUAAUUAAAAUAAAAAUAAUUUUCAUUAGAUUUUUUCUUUGUAAAAUAAAAAAAUUUUACGAUUUUGUGAAUUUGAAAAAAAAAGUGGAUAUUGAUGUAAAAGAAUAAUUGAUGUAUAAUAGAAAACAAGUAAUAAGUAUAAUUCAAAUAAAAAAUCUAACGAAAAUUAUUAUUAUGUAUACAUAUAUAUAGAUAUGUAAUUAAUUUAAUUAUGUUUAUAUACAUGUACACAUUUAUAUUAUAUAUUAUUUAAUAAGUAAAUUGUAUUUUUAGAAUAUAUAUAAAAGAGUUUGAGAAACAAGGCAUUAAGUCCUAAAAUUCAUUGAUUUUAUAUAUAUAUAUAUAUAUAUAUAUAUAUAUAUAUAUAUAUAUAUAUAUAUAUAUAUUAUUUUUUUUUUGUUAUCCUUCAAAAUAAGAGUAAAAUUAAAACUGAAAUAUAUUUCAAAGGUAAAUUAUUGUAUUUACAUAAUAAGGUACAUAUUACAUAAACAUUUAAAGCGCAUAUGCAUUCAUAUUGUGAAAGAUUUUUAAAAUUUUGUUUUACAACAUAAAGGAUGUUUUUUUUUUCUUUUUUAAAUAUUUAAAUUCAAUAUUGAAAAACAAAAAAUAUAUGGAAAUAAAAAAUCAAAAGAAUAAAUUCUCUUUCAAUGUAUAACAGGUGUAAUAAUAAUAAUUGAUGGCAAUGUAAUUUGUGAAAAUUAAUUUUUAAUUGUAAUAAUAAUGAAUAAUAAUACAAAAUUAAUAAAAUAAAAAAAAUUAUAACUGAAAACUAUAAAAAAACAAAAAUCCAUUUUAGCCGAAAUUUUUGACUGAUAUCGAUACAUACAAAGGGCUUUUUCGAAAAUUCAUCACUGUGCUAACUUAGUUAAGUUAGAUAAAAAACAUUUUUGAAGUAGUUCUUAAAAAGAUGAUCUUAAAAAUCUUAAAUAUCUGUAUACGCAUUCAUAAAACAAAAACUGUGAACAAAUUUUAUUCACUGAAUGCUCAAACAACUGUAAAAGAAGUUUUGAAGUUUUUAACAAAUUUUGCAGUUGUAGCAACUUUAAGUGAAUAAACGUUGAAUAAGCGAACAAACUUCACUUAAAAACUAAGUUAGAAAUGAAUAUUCAAAAAAGUCCAAAGUAAUAUACAGGUAUAUCACAGACAAAAAAUUUAUAUAUCGGUACGUUGAAUAUAUAAAAAUUUUACUAAACUCAAAUGUUUAUUCUUGUUGAUGAUCACAGGAUUAAUUUCUGUCAAAAUUAAGUAUACAAAAUUCAUCUUAUAUUUAAAUUUUGAACUUUUUCAUUUGCGUCAACAAGAAAUACAGAAUUUUAGUUUCUGAAAUUUGCAAAAACUCAAAAAGUAUUUUUCUCUAAAUUUUUAUUAGCCCGCGAUUAUAUAAAACACGUAUUUACAAAAUUAAAAGUCUCCAAUUCAAAUAAAAUGGCUUAUACGAAAGUCUUCCAUAAUUGUUUUCCGGAGUGGAAAUUUGCGGCGUACUUUAAUGAAAAAUCGUUUCUCCGCUAUUGCUUAAGGUUAAAUUUUAGAAUUCCGAAAAAACAAUGUAUAUUAUUUAUAUUUGCGUUUAGUAAUAUAAAUAAUAGCGAAAUGUAUAAAAAAAUAAUAUAUCUCAAUAUUAUUACGUACUUUUUAUUUAUAUUAUUAAAUUAUUAAAUUGUAAUUAAACUUUUUUUACAAACAAAAAAAUUUUAAAAUGUGUUAUAGGGAUGUUGUUUAUAAUAGCAUCAAGUUUUCUUAAACUUGUAUACUAAAAAAAAAAUAAAUUUUGUUUCACUCACCAUAGUUUCGGAACUUUUUUUAAAAAAUAUCCACAACGCCAUUUGGAUAAAACUUGCCACGCCAUUUGGCAAAGGUCGUGGUUUCUCAGUACUUUUUUACGUUGGCGUAAUGAAUUACAGUUUCUGUUGCUAAUAGUGAUUGUCAUUUUUUAUUUUUUUCUUUUCAUUAUUCACAUGUUGCUCCAUUUGGAAAAACUAAGACCCUUGUUAUGAUCGGCGGAGCAAAUGAAAUUUUUGGCGAAUAACCUAAAAUUCACCUAAAUUUUAGGCGAAUGAUCUAUAAAAUCUAUUGAAUCAAGAUUGUGUGUGACAAGCUUGGCAAAUAAACCCAAAAAUCAAAUUAAUACAUAGGUGUUUUUAUUAUCAGAUAUAGCAUUCAUAGCGAUAUAAUGGAAAAAUCUAAACUAUCUGUAAAAUAAGUUCAUAUAAUUCUAAAAACUGCUGUAAAAAAUAUUGAUUGUUUAAUAUUUAAGAGUGAAAAAAAGCCACCAACAGUAAUUCAAUU